UGCUUUCCCACACACUCCCAAGGCACCACUUCAGAUCAGGAAACUAAUGGCAGUCAAUGUCUCUCCUUCACAGGAAAGGGGCACAAUGGCUUUGGAGCAGGGCUGGCAAAUGACAGGGGCAAUGGGAAGCCUCCAGAAUGUGAAGAAAUUUAAUAACCAGGACUUCAACCGCCUGCGAGCCUCAUGUCUGAGCCAAGGACUGCUUUUUGAGGAUGCCACCUUCCCCGCUCACAUCAGCUCCAUCGGUCCCAACCUGCUCCCAGAGGAUAAGCUGCGGCAAAUACAAUGGAAGAGGCCGAUUGAACUUUGGAGAUAUCCUUAUUUGAUCAUGGAUGGAGUUAGCAGAUUUGAUAUCAUGCAGGGAGACAUAGGUGACUGCUGGCUGCUGGCUGCUGUGGGCUCCCUGACACUGCAGAAGCAAUUUUUGGAAAAUGUUUUACCAAAGGACCAAGGAUUCCAGGAUGAUUAUGCUGGGAUUUUUCAUUUCCGGUUCUGGCAAUAUGGAGACUGGGUGGAUGUAGUGAUAGAUGACCGGCUGCCAUUCCUAGAUGGAAGAUAUCUGUCUGUACAGCCUCGAACAUCAAAUGAAUUCUGGCCAUCCCUGCUGGAAAAAGCAUAUGCCAAGUUGCGGGGCUCCUACCAGAACUUGCAUGGAGGCUACCUUUCUGAUGCUUUAGUAGACCUCACAGGUGGAGUCCAAGUGCAGUUUUCGCUGAAGGAUCCCCCUCCUGAUCUGGAGGAGAUACUGAAAGCUGCUGACAAAUCUCAGUGUCUGAUGGGGUGUACCACCUCAGGCCCGAUGAAGAGGAACAUAGAGGUGAGGAAUGGGAUUGUACAGGGUCAUGCCUACACUGUCACAGGAGCUGUGAAGAUACGCUACAAGAAUGGCUGGAAACAUAUUAUCAGAAUCUGGAAUCCAUGGGGCCAUGGGGAGUGGAAGGGGCCCUGGAGUGAUAACUCUCCUCAGUGGGACCAUGUUCAGCCUGAAUGCAGAGAAGCCCUCCUCAGAAAUAAGAAUGAUGGAGAAUUCUGGAUGUCUUGUAAAAACUUCCAGGAGCAAUUUUCCUGGUUGUAUAUAUGUAACAACACCCCAACGUUUCUGGACUUUGGGGAUCAACGCUGCACAACAUGGUCUGAGGACAGGCAUGUCAACCUGUGGAGUCCAGCCCUCGCUACAGGCAGGAACAACUCUUCUGCAGCAGGACCAGUUUCAAUGAACCUCCAGUAUUUUUUCAAAGUGCCAGAUUAUGACUCGAAAACCUACAAUGUAGUCAUUUCACUCAUGCAAAAACAUGCUGAGGAUAUGCAGAGUGCAAAAAACCUUGAGAUUGGCUUUUUGAUCACCAUGGAGAACUCCAAAGUUCUGAAACACAAGUUUAUUCCGACUCGAGACGUGACCAAAUACUUUAUCUUGAGCCCAGGAACCUAUGCUGUUGUUCCUGCUACAACAGAGGACCAAGAAUUUGAAUUUCUCUUACGAAUUUUCACAAAGAGUCAAGACUACAACAAGAACUCAAACUUCCCACCCAGCCCAGUGCUGCCGAUGGAUGUACCAGGAGAGAACCAGGACAACUCCUAUAAGGCUGUCUUCCUAAGAUACGCUAAGCAGGGCUCAGCUAUUGAUGCUUCGCAGCUGCAACAACUCCUUAAUGAAGUGAUCCUGCAAGAUGAAAUGACCAGCCUGGGAGGAAGAUUCAACUUCGAUUCGUGCAGAGGCAUUUUAGCUCUGAUGGAUCUCAACUCAAACGGACGACUCACACUGCAGGAGUUCGGGCGCCUCUGGCGAAGUCUCACUAAGUACAUGGAUAUCUUCAGCAAGGAAGACAGAAAUCAUUCUGGAUUUCUUGAUGUGUCUGAACUGAAGAGUGCGGUACAAUCAGCAGGUCUGGCCGCUAACGAGCAGCUCCUGUGCCUGAUGACCUUGCGGUACGGCGAUGCUGCCCGGAGAAUCGGCUUCUCUGACUUCGUGUGCUGCAUGCUACGCCUUGAAACCAUGACCCAUGCAUUUCAAAACUUGACAGAGGGCAGAUCACAAAUUUCGAUGACAACAAUGGAGUGGCUGACUCUGGUCAUGUAUACUUAAAGAGAUGUCAGAGCUCAAUGUGACUGGCCUGGAGAGAUGCUUUUUUGCCCUGAAGUUUACCUGGACUUUCCAAUUUUGCUACUUAGUUCUCCUGAAGAACUUUUCUUACAAAACUUGUCCUGCUUACACAUCCAUAAACCGUCCCAGACAUUUGGCACUGAGGAGAAAAUGGGGAGGAAACCCAAUCCUUAGAGAAAAUGUGCAGUGGAGGACCAGCAGGCUCCUGCCUUUGUUUUGCAGUUGACCCCAGGAACUCACGGAGCAUCCCUGGGCAAAAUCACACACUUUCCUUAUCAACCCAGUUCAAAAAUAGCGUGAAAAAAAAAACAAAAAGCAGGACCCUCACUGAAAUCCAGGGACUGCAUCCAGAUGAGCCUUCCUAUAGACAGGAAUUACAAUAAUAAAUAAUACACGAAUAGCAUCUCUGGUAUCUCACAUCCUGUUUCUUAAGGCAGUUGACAUUGGGUGCCAGCUUUGGAGAGAAGUUGAAAGGGGAGAUAUAUAAUCAGGGUGUAAAUUACACUCCUCCAGGGAGAAAGCAUGGCAGAUUCAGACCCAGGACAGGGACGGCUCCACGUCUUUCACCCCUGGCUCCAGGGCAGCACUCGUGCCCAGUUACUGCUCUGUCUUGGCUCCUGAUUGCAUCGAGUGAGUCCAUCUGCGGCAGGAGCUGGGCUUCACCACUCAACGCUGUGACGCCUUCACCCCUCUGAGCUCUGUUUGCACAGUUAUUUGUUUGAAAAUAUGCCCUUUGCUUUCGGAGACCUUUGGACAGCACACCCUCCCUUUGUCACAGCAAAGCUGGUUUUCGAUGUGUUGAUGCACAGAAACAGAUUAUUCACAGCACAGCACCCACCCCUUGCACUGCAGACUAUCGUUAGGUAAAUAAGAGACUAGGAGGACCUCACUUCAC